UAGGGCUUCCCCAACCCCAAGCGGCACGAAUCCCAAAGCAGCCCCAGAGCGCCGCGCGAAUCCCCAAGCACCCCGUAACCCUAGCCGACAUGGCCGGCGGCAAGCGCCGGUACAAGCGCAACCCCACAGCCGGCGGACCCCGUCACAGCGCCGGCGCCGGACGCCGACGCUCGCUACCCGAGCUCCCGUCCUUCGUCUCCCCCACCUCCGUCGCCGCUGCGUUCGGCCCUUCCUCCUCGGCCGGGCGGGGGCGCGGCCGCGGCGGCCGGCGCGGCGGCGCUUCGCCCUCCGCGGCCCACGCCGUCCCAUUCAGCUACACCACCCCUCUUCGCCCUUGCUCCGCCUCCUCGGGCGGGGCAACGCAGGUGCUGGAGGUGGGCAUCGACACCGCCCCCUGUGCCGAUCCGGCCGCCUCCGUCUCGAUGUACUCAUACCAAGUGGUCGGAGGGAUCGGGCUUGGAUUCAACGGCGAUGACGACGCGGAAGACGACGAUGCCGGUGAGCAUCUCGGAUUGGGAUUCCUGGAUCGCGGCAACGGGGAGAUGGACAACCUUCCGGUGGAGGAAGCCUCCUUCGUGACGCCGAGGAGGCAGCCCAAAGCAAAAGGGAGGCAGAAUGGGGGAUAUAUCUCCAUUGGGGGAGUUAGGAUCUACAGCGAGGACACCUCAUCACCGGAAUCAGAGGGGAUGGGUGACUCAGACGAGGAAUCCGACUCUGAGUAUGAGGUCGGAGACCGCAAUGCCGAUGUUGAUAGCGAUGAGGAAGAUAGCGAUGACGCCGAGGGAGAUCGUGAUUCUAAUGAGGACGACUCACGGUCCGGCUCAGAGGAGGGUCUCAGCAUCGGGGAUUCGUCGCUUGAUGAUGACGUUGUUGCUGAUUACAUGGAGGGGAUUGGCGGCAGCGAGGAGCUGUUGAGCAGUAAGUGGGUGGCCGGCAUGAAAUUAGCUGAUUCGGAAGAAGAAGAAGAUGAUGAUGAUGAGAUGAAUACAGACGAUGAUGAGGAUGGGUUCCUGAAGAAGGGGAAGGAAAAGCUUGAGGGUUAUGCGCUAAUGCGUGCAUCUGAGCAGUAUGGGAUGAAGAGGCCGAACUCUGCUGAGAGGCGGAAGGGAAAGAGUACUAUUGGCAGAGAUUGUGACAGGGGCCUGGCUAGUUUGCCUGUCAUGGGGCUGGAGGAUGUGAUGAUGGUAAAGGAUGUACGGAUGGCCAAUCGGUCAAGGAAGGGCGCAAAGGGUUCAUCGUCUCAGCUCUCCAGCUCCUGGCCUAAUGAGGGUCGGAAGAGCAAGAAGUAUCACAGUGUCCCAGGUGAGAAAAAGAAGCACAAGAAGGAGCUCAUUGCAAAGAAGCGCCGUCAACGAAUGCUAAGCAGAGGAGUUGAUUUGCAGCAAAUUGAUACUAAACUGAGGAAGAUGGUUGUCAAUCGCCUUGAUAUGUUGUGCUUUCAGCCAAUGCAUUCUCGGGACUGUUCUCAGGUACAACGCAUUGCGUCUAUUUAUCAAUUGAAAAGUGGCUGUCAAGGUUCAGGCAAUAAAAGGUUUGUUACAGUGACAUUAACUGGACAGUCUUCAGUGCCAUCAGCAGAUGGUCAAGUUCGACUUGAUAAGCUUCUGGGGACUGAGCCUGAAGACUUCGGUGUCAAUUGGAACAGCUCCAAAAGACCAGGAAAAGUGAAGGGCCUUUCAGCUCCAGGAAAAUUGGCAAGGCAACAUGAUUCUUGUGGGAAAGCUCCCGUGAAACAGGUCUCAUUUGCGGAGCGUCCUGUAUCUUUUGUGUCCUCUGGCACUAUGGCGGAAACUAUUGCUGAGACAGUAGCAGUUGGCUCGAGUGGCGCUGAGGCCUCAUUGGAGAAAGUUGUUGAAAGCAACUCCUUCAAGCUGGGCACUUUUGAGAUGCACACCAAGGGCUUUGGUUCCAAGAUGAUGGCUAAGAUGGGAUUCAUCGAGGGCACUGGUCUUGGCAAAGAUGGCCAAGGGAUAGUGCAGCCUAUCCAAGCGAUUCAUCGCCCCAAAUCUCUUGGGCUUGGUGUAGAAUUCGAUAGCGAAGCGGAGGCGGUCAAAGCAAGGUUGGAGCCGCCAUCUAAUGCAAAGCCAGAACCGAGUAAAGCAAGGUCAGAACAGAGGGGCAGCACACGGCCACUGCAGAUGAAUAACGUCGGCACUUUUGAGAGGCAUACAAAGGGGUUCGGAUCCAAAAUGAUGGUGAGAAUGGGGUUUGUUCCUGGUUCUGGCCUGGGGAAGGAUGGCCAGGGCAUUGUCAACCCUUUGACUGCGGUAAGACGACCAAAGUCGCGCGGUCUGGGAGCUAUGGACAAGUACUAACAUGUUAUAAUGUAUACUUUUUAUUUGCGUCUCUUGUCAUGUGAGUACUUGUGACAGUCACUUGCCUUAGAUCACGUAGGUGUAUGCUAGGAGAGCACAGCCCUGUUGGCCAGCAGGCGCCCGUGUUUUGAUGCCCCUUGCAGUUCAAGUAGUUGUAGUAAUUAUCUUGCGUCGACUUGGAACCUUGUUUACAUUGCAUCAAGACAUUCCCAUGUUCUGUUGUUUCCCUCGUUAUAUCAUACUCAUCUAAAUGACAACUUUGUGUUUGUGUUCA